AUGGCUACGGGCCCCGCCUCCGUACCCGUCAUGAACGAGCCGACGGUUCGACGCGGCGUCAUCCUAAGUGCAGGCGGGGUCGAGGUGGAGGUGUACGAGGACCAGCUGGAUGCGAUUCGCGAGGCGCCGAAAGGGGAGCUCGACGAGAGCAUGAUGGUCGCGGGCGUCGUGUGGAUGAGGAAGCAGCUUUGCGCCGAGUACGCGAUGACCCACCAGGCUCCGACCUUGCACGACCAAGAAGUGUUGAAACUGAUCGACCUUCGUCUGGAGUUGAACGAGGAUUUCGAUCUGCUGACGACGACGCCCUUGUCGAGCCCCUAUGAAAACGGCGCGGCAGCUCGUGUCGUGCAUGGGGUGCGCCGGAUUCUGUCGAAAUGGAACGCCUUCAUCGAGCAGCCUCGAAAGGGCGAUCUCGUGCCUCUCGGGAGAACGAACCCUGGCUCGGGUGCGCUUCCGGUGUUCAUGGCCAAGCUGUUUUCGAGAAAGAUCGUCCAGCAUCGAGGAGGAGGAGGAGGAGGAGAUCGAGAUACAUCGAGGCAGGCUCAGCACGGGGCGAGCGGCCGGGGCGGCGAUGCGAACAUGGACGAGGACUCGGGAUCGGGAUCGAGCUCCGGCUCGAGCUCGAGCGAUGAGUCGGACGAGGAGGACGGCGAGGGCGCCGGACAUAGCACGGAGCGUACGGGGGAGCACGGAGUGGCGCUCGGGGAGCGGGUGGACGAGCGGGUGAAGCUGCAGCAGCAGGAGUCUAGGGUUGCGGCUGCGCGGGUGGGUGGGGUGGGAGGUCAGGAGCAGGAGGGCGGGGAGGCUGCUGAGGAGUAUCGUCGAGGAGAUGAGCGACAGGCCACGGUAACAAGGAGACACCGCACGGCCAGUGGCAGCGGACAGGCGGGCCCUUCGACCGGAGGGCCUUCGACGGCGGGCCAAUCGACGGCGAUUGUUGCACCCGGAGGCCAGGUAGUCGAGCUUCUGCAGAGGGUCGAGAAAGUCGAGGCGUCGCAGAAGCAGCUCGUCGCCGACGUGUUUGCGAAACACACUGAGCAAGCUGGAGUAUUCAACACGCUUGCUGCGGAUUUUCGGACGGCCUGGAAUACGAUUUCGGAGUCGUCGAAGAGCACACUGUCGCGGUGCGCCGAGGCUGUGAAGGGUGUCACAGCGGAGAGGAUACUGUUGGAAGGGGCGCGGGCGAAGAUCGACGAGAUGACCGGGAAGAUCAUCGAGGGGGUGACAGCCGCCAUCACAAAAGCGAGCGAGGACGCCGUUGAGAAGCAGCUCAAGCAGGUCGAGGAGCGGCUGGUUGCAGCGGUGCUGAAGGGUUUCGAGAAAGCCAUUAAGGAGGACAUGUUUUACACUACCCUCCCACCCGAGACCAUGAAGGAGCUGAAGGACAUUGUGAGGGAAGGAUACCAGGAAGGCGAAGCUGGGCGACUGGAAGUCCUCACCGAAGCGAUGGCGAGAGGUUUCCAGCGAUCUGCGGGCCCGUCGACGAGGUCGCGUCAGGAGGGUGUGGCAGGGGUUCGCAGCGGCGCUGAGCCUCGUUGUCACGAGCGGUCGGUUCCUCCGUCUUCUUCGGUGGGAGGACAUGUCGGCAUGCCGGUUGCAUCCCCACCGGCGCGUGGCCGUCAUCCCGUCGCCAAGCCCGUCGAGGAUAACGAGGUCAUCGUUCUCGACCAGUCGCCCCUCCCGAAGACCUCUGGGGCGGCUCCUAUCCCUCCACCUGAUGCGUUCGCUUCGAUGCGGGAUAUGCUGCAGGGCCUGGGAAAAACGGGUGGGAAAGGAGUGGUUGCGGGGGAGAAAAGUGGUGCCCCGAACGAGCACGUCGCCUCGACCGGGAAUAGAGCCCUUGGAAAGCGAGGUGCCCCUACCCCGUCCGGCGGCGGUGCGGGGAAAGGAGCGGGAGAGGCAACCGCUGGGUUGAUGUCGAAGACUAAGGGGGCAUCAGCUGCGCAGAGCGGUGCUGCUGGCCGAGCUGUCGAGCAUGUGGGAAAUUGGGCGUCGUCCUCAACCCCUCCAGUUGCCCCUGUCGUCGUUGCUCCGGCUCUAGGCAACGUUUGCCUUAGCGAUCCGGGCUCCCCUUCUACGUCGAAGAAGAAGCCUGCUGCAACGAAGUCGUCGAAGCGCUCUGCACAUGCGACAGAGAGCCUUGACGUCGAGGAGAUGGCCAGCGUCCCUGGUCAGGCGCCUGUCGAGAAGACCACUAUUGUCGUUGCUGCUCGAUAG